AUGAAACCAUUUUUUGAAGAUCUCAUAUUUCAGCAUAAAAAGCAAACUGCGCAAUGUAAUUACAUAAAGACCAGUAUUGAUGUGUUAGAUAAAGCACGAACAUAUGGUGCCCAAGAAAUAAUUUUGGAGAUGUCAGAAGCUCUUGGAACAAAACGUUCUCCAAACAAUAAAGUGGCUGCAGAACCUUCGAAGAAGACCAAGUUAGAUGGAGAAUAUUAUGAUUUGCCAGUGACUUCUGUAGAAUCUGAAACGAAUACUACUGAAUGGGAUUUAUCUUCAGCAUCAGCGCAAAUAGCAAAAGCUUCGAAACUAAGAAAAUACAUCAAUAGUGACAUAGCAGACAAAGUCUUAAAAACGUACAAGACAAGUGUUCUGCCAGGUGAAAAACUUACAUAUGAGGGAGUAAAUUCUGCAUAUUCACUCAUGAAGGGUAUAAAGAAAACCGAAAUGGCAAAGAGCCCACGUUGUAUUCAUGUCAUUAAUUUCCAUAAUCUCUAUUGUACAAGAUAUUUACCUCAUAACUACAACAAAUACAUCGCAAACCAACUUCAAGAUUGUGAUAAUGAAGCUGUCAAUUUUGAUAGUGAGAAAAAAAUUGAUAAAUUUAUCGUGGAUUGCGAGGAAGAUGUUCUAAAUUAUUUGGAUAAGUUUUACAAAGUGAAUGAUUUAGAGUCUUUAGGAAGUAAUGACUUCUUAAUUCAGACUAUGUCAGAAUAUGAAUUUAAUUCCUAUAUUUGGAUGCCAUUAUUGAGGAAUGCGUUUCUUGAUAAGAAAGACCUUAAACUAAACUAUGGGGAACUGGCAUCAAGAUUGUACGAAAAACUAAAAGAACUUAUGGAUAUCGGUGGCCGUAGUGCACCAAAAUUGGAUGGAAAAGGCUUUCUCAAGUCUUUGGGAACCGAAAUUCUAGCACAAGAGGAUGGCGUUCUAAACACGCAAGAUAAAAGAAAAGGUGAUCUACAAAAACUAGAAUACUGUUCGAAAGUCAUCCUCACAAUGCUCUUUUUUGCAUUACCCUCUGCUGCAAAAGCAAGUAUCAAAAAUAUUGAGACUUAUAGUCUCCAAUCAAAUGGGUUCCAUCUUACAAUCUCUGUAUCAAAGUAUCUCUUUGAAGAUACUAUUAUUACAAUGGAUUUACAAGAUGUUGAAGUCCCAAGGACUGUAGAAGGAUUUUCAAAUCUAAUAGUGGCUGUAAAGGUGAUUUUAUCUUGGAAGGCGCAUACUAGAAAUAAUACAAUAACAUUCUAUAAUGCAUUAAAGAAUGGCAAUAAACGUUUAUCAAAUGGGGCUUGUUUUUCACCAAAAAGAGUACCUCUACAUCCUCUACAUAAUAUGUGA